AGCUGCGGUAGAAAACGAAGUCAUUAUGACAAAGAAAUGGAUCACGCGUUCACUCUUAUUUUUCACAACAUUAAGAGACUGCAAGACGGCCAUUUAUCGAACAGUACUACAACACUCGAGCAAGCGGAAGGCAAGUCGGAGAUAACUACUUGCACAAACACACUGGAAGUGCCUUUGAGAAGACAAAGAAGUAGAUCAGAUUCUUCACUGUUAAAGUAUACGGGAGACAUGAGGACACUAAUUGAACUUCAGUCAAACAUGACGCGCCCAAUGUCGGGCUCUUACUGUGGUGAAUUUGCUUGUCCAGCAGAAACAAGAAAAGUCCGAUUUUCCGACGACUACGCUACAAGAAAGGAGGACAUACGACGUCCACCUUUAACAAAACGACCUUGGUCAGAUCAGCCACCUCGUCCUGCAAUUGUUAUAACCAAGGAAAGUUGACAUCAGCUUUACGGCUGCUGAGUUAAGUUUAAGAACGAAGGAAACUUUAACAAGAAAAAUUAUGGUAUGUAACAUAAAGAAAACCUUUUAAAAUGCAGACGAAUUCUUCUGAUACAACUGAGACACUUUUGCAGCAGUUCAUCAUCAUUCAUAGAGAAAACAUUUAGAAUUAAUUCAGCAAGAAAACUUGGCAAACAUAUUUUUUGAAAACAAAUGCAAAUUGUUAUGCAUGCUAUUGACUGGGUGUCUGCAAUUUCGUCAUACUUUGCCUUCAGGGAAUGUUUUCUGUUUUUCUUUGAAUGAGUGAAUGAAUGAACUAAAUAUGCCACUCAUGAGUUAAGUUUUCUUCUUACUUAAAACCACACUCGCCUGAAGGCUCUAAUGCUUAUUUGUUGGGGACCCAUUAGACACUUGUUGCUUACCUUAGCCUUAUUGGCUACCUUUCUGAAUUGUAAGAUACCAUUCUGAAGUGUUCAAGACGUUGUUACAUGUACGUUGAUCUAAUAAAAGAAGAAAAAAAAGUACUCAGAUAAAUAAAUGUAAUAUGCUACCAUUUGUCUUCGACAAAGUUGUUGGCUGUAUCGACCAUCAUGAUAGCACAUUUUGGGGGAGGAGGGCUUCCAUAAGCCUGAUAUUUCAAGGAAAAAUACACAUUGAGAAAAAGUACUUAAAGCAGGCACCACAUUCAAAAAGGCAAACCAAGUUCAAUAAACAUAUUUGAGGUCAACGCUAACUCGACACUUUAGAACUGGCAACUCUGAAGAAGAUAACUGAAUCGUUGAGAUCGACAGGAAUCGGGCAAAAAAGUAGAUAAAUUACAAGGAAUACAACACCACUCAGUUAACUUUAUUCAUAAAUCAACGUUCGUUCCUCAUCUAGGUGAGUGGCUGUAUCUUUAUUGCACGACAUAUGAGAAAAAAGAAGCAUAAAAUAAGUUAUAAUAAGAACGUCUUUUAUGCCUGAAGUGACGUAAAACCCGCAAAGGCUAGAUCCGAUCGCGAAUAGUAAUCCAAAAUGAUCUUUUGCAAGCAGAAGAGGCUCUCCCAAGGCCCGUGAUCAGAAGCAUGUUUCAUUCAGUCUUGCCAUUUUUUUAUACGCUGGAACUGACUCUUUGUUUUCUUUUUAAAGAAAACUGUUUUUACAAAUCUGUAUCAGUAAAGAAUGAAAGAAGGUAGAGAAUAAAAUUAAAAAGGCUAGCUCUAAAAAAUGCUGACAAAUGCCGCUUAUAUUAACAAGUAUGACCACAUCUUGCAUGAUGCGUAUACGCUAAAUGAGAGCGUGAAGUUUGAUUGGAUGUUUCCCAAACACGCAGCAAAAGAGGUCACCACAGGGACACGAGCACGGAAUGAAAAGGGCUGGUUAACUCUGAGUUCCCUAACGUAAAUUGAAAAACAACUGGCCUCUGGAAACCAGCCACAGCUUUGCUAAGGACAUGAGUGGCACUUUUAACGAAUUAAUUCAUCAAUCCAACUUUUCCUCGGAGGACACCUUUCAAGUGGCCGUUUUGGAGACGGAUAUUACCUGAGAGUUAAUUUAGAGAAGUACAAUGAAACAUGGAAGUUGUCAAAAUUAUAAAUUUCCUCAAGAUUCGCGCCAAAAGUUCAGUUACAAACUAAAAAGACGUUCAUUACAAAACCUCGCGCAGCUCGGGGGAGGAGACCCGUACAAUGUCAGGGAUUUAAGGGCGAGAUUGAAAUAGCAAACUGAAUAUGACACAGCACUACUGGGAGGUCGCUUACGUCCUUAAAUAGGUAGGGGCGUCUAUACCUGACAAGCACGUACGCAGGUGCAUAACAGAUAAUGAAAAACACUACAAAGUACAAAAAAUGUAAAAUAAUUAUGCUGUAUAAAAGCAAUAUUUCGAAGAAGCAAAAUCACUCUAAGUCACUUCCCCUCAUAUCUUUCAAAUAUUAAUUUUUCAGAUCGAAAGAUGCUGGAGUAGGCCAGAGGGAGGAAAACUUAGACGAACUAAAUAAUAAUGAUAAUACUAAUAUCACAAUGGACUCAAAAUUUAAAAAUUCUUUGCAAGCAGUCUAAAACCGUUCUCUUGAGAAAGGCAAUUUUACUUUGGCUUACGUGUGAACCAUUGUAAAUUGGUAAAGAAAUUGUAUAGUGUAUUUUCCAUGAUGAAAAGUCAGAAAUGCGUAUUUUUUUUUCUGACCAAAUUAAUCAAAAUCUGUCUUACGCAACUACUUCCAAUUUAACUCUUUAGUUUUACCAAGUACUUGAUCUCUCAGUCUUUCCUUAAAUAAUGGCACUUUGUUUCAUUUUAUUUAAUGGGGUAAAUUUUUUCCUUAGACGGGCUUGUAGGGACAGCUUUUAAGUUAACUGAAAUAGCGGGGAUUACGGGGCCAAAAGUGGUACUCAAGGAUUAUGAUAACUUACAAUGCCACAAAAUACAGCGACGUCAGUGAAAACAGACAUAAAUACGUGUACGUACAGUAAAUCAUAUCGUUACGCUUUUUAAGGAACUUGAACAUGGGUCCAGUUUAAGUUAAAGUUGAGCCUGUUAGAGACGGCAGAGAAAUUUACAUAAAAGCGUGAUGUAUGCACGUGCAGGGUUGUUUCACUCAAUAAACUGAACAGUUCUUCGAAUUCUUUGACCUCCUUGUUGCCUAAGCUCCGGCGUCACAGUUUAGUAAGGUCUCCGAUAUUCAAGCCCGGCAUAUAGCAUUGAAUACCACAACUUUGAUUUUUGAAGUUAUGCAAUCAAAAUAGCAAGGAAGCUGCAGGCAGCGAAAGGCAACGAAAUGUAACAAAUUAAUGAAGACGCACGUGGAAGCUUAAGCUAUUGGCUUUGUGCCUUUCCUUUUUCCCUUGCCGACGACCUUGCGUAAGGUCAUUAAUCAUAACAUAAGAAAAGAUCUUACGCUGUAGCAACGCCUGGCCCUAGGCGCAGCUCGAUCAAGAUGGAGUCGGUUUCUCCAGAAGUUCUUGAGCAAAAUCACUAUCUCUAGCAUGUAGAAUUCAGUGCACCCGAUCGAUGGCACUUGGACCAAACAUCAUGCAUAUGUCACACACAUGACUGACUAAACUCUUUUGUGCUGUUAAAUCUCACCUCUGAUUGGUAGAUAGUAAUUAAAAAAAUCCACAGCGUUUCGUUGGUAUAAAUACUGUGAUCAAUAGAUAUCAUUCAAAUUAACAAAUGUGUAGAUACUUGUGUGGCCUUAAAUCUGCGGCUCACGUACAACAGGUUGCAAAAUACAAGAUGUUGUUCCCGCUAUGAGAGACUUCAAACCUACAAAAGAUAUGAGCCAUCACCCAUCUAGAAAACAUUCCAACAGGUAUGACAAAGAAAUGGAUCAGGCCUUUACUCUUAUUUUCCACAACAUCAAAAGGCUGCAAGAUGGUAUGUUGAGCAACAGUGAUCCAGACCUUACUAAAGAACCCAGCAACUUCGAUCUGGAGCCAAAAACAGUAAAGACCAUUCAAAAACCGGUUAGAAAACGUAGCAGGUCAGAGGAUUUUAGGAUUUUAGGAUUUGGAGUCCAAACAACCGCAUCGCCUGCUCUUAUCAAGUCUGGUUCUCUUCAGCAACUUAGUGACGCAGCGAAGUCUCCAUUUCAGAGACGAAAAGUAAGAUUUGCUGAUGAU